UGCCUGUAGUGCUAUCCAUUUGCUAGAUAGCUACAGAAUCAAAUGAACAUGCAAGUGCCUUCACAGAGACGCAAUGUGAAGAAUUCCUGCUCACUUGAUCUAUUUUGAGGACCCUUAACACAUUAAUAGACCAUGACUCAAGUGCUAUAAUAAGGAGUACUGGCACUUGUUUUUACAGCUAGUUUCCAUAGAAAAUUAGCUUAUUAGCACUUUUUCAGCGCUCAUUUUUUUGCGUGCCUUUGGUGUCCACAGGUGCAGCUCAAGAGUGAAGAGACCAAAACGUUUGCAAUGAAGAUUCUGAAGAAGCGUCACAUCGUGGACACGCGGCAACAGGAACACAUCCGCUCUGAGAAACUGAUCAUGCAGGAGGCCCAUUCAGACUUCAUUGUAAGGUUGUACAGGACUUUCAAAGACAGCAAAUAUCUGUACAUGUUGAUGGAGGCCUGUCUAGGAGGAGAGCUUUGGACCAUUCUUAGAGACAGAGGAUCAUUUGAAGACUCUACUACACGGUUUUAUACAGCCUGUGUGGUUGAAGCCUUCGCUUACCUGCAUUCCAAGGGAAUAAUUUACCGUGAUUUAAAGCCAGAAAAUCUCAUUCUAGAUCACAGAGGAUAUGCCAAACUUGUGGACUUUGGCUUCGCUAAAAAGAUUGGAUUUGGGAAGAAAACAUGGACUUUCUGUGGAACGCCGGAGUAUGUAGCCCCAGAGAUCAUACUGAAUAAAGGCCAUGACAUCUCAGCAGACUACUGGUCAUUGGGAAUUCUUAUGUAUGAACUCUUGACUGGAAGCCCACCAUUCUCAGGACCGGAUCCAAUGAAGACAUAUAAUAUCAUUUUAAGAGGAAUCGACAUGAUAGAAUUUCCAAAGAAGAUCACCAAAAAUGCAGGCAAUCUAAUUAAAAAACUAUGCAGGGACAAUCCGUCUGAGAGGCUAGGAAACUUGAAAAAUGGAGUCAAAGAUAUCCAAAAGCACAAAUGGUUUGACGGCUUUAACUGGGAAGGCCUGCGCAAAGGAACUCUCACACCUCCAAUUAUUCCUGAUGUUGCAAGCCCGACUGACACCAGUAACUUUGAUAGCUUUCCUGAGGACAAUGAGGACCCUCCCCCAGAUGACAAUUCCGGCUGGGACACUGAUUUCUAAAACUGAAACUUGUAACAUGCCCUGCCCUGGAGUGUCCUGUGUGGUUCGUCAGCGAAGAGGAGAACGGAUGACGUCUAGCCCAGCUCUGUGACACCAAGUUGCCUUCGCCCACACUUCUGUCCUGCGGUGCCACUGGGGGCGUCUCAGCCCCCCGCCGCACCCCACGACUCACGAAAACUGUCCUAAUCAGAAAGACUGGAGUCCAUAUUCCCAACACGGCCUCAGAUAUGGGCUCAGACCACCUCGUGCUGGAGCCGGUGUCUUAAAAAUGAGCCCUUCAUUUUUUUUCUCUCUGCUGUUUUAUGUUUGACUGAUUGCACAAGUAGUGGUUUCAGGUUUUAGGUCUGGGUCCUAAAAACAGAAUCAUAAGUAGAGACAGUACUAUGAUCUGGACUGAGUAUUGAUAAUUUUUCUACGACGUGAGGGUGAGCAAAUGAUAACAGGUUUUGCUAUAUUUUUUUGUGGACUAUCCCUUUAAAUUAUUAUUUGUUUCUUUCUUUCUUUCUUUUAAAGGCUUCUGAAUACAUUUAGUUUGUAUUAUGGGAAACUUGCAAGUUUACAUUUUUUUUAAGACAAUGGGAAUCCAAUCAAAUAAUGAAUUAGACUCAAUACAGUUUGUGCUCCACUAGAGGGCAGGCUUUUUAUUCAAAUACACACUGUACUUCCCCAGAGGAAGGGCAGUCGAGUCGCCGCAUCCCUGAUAAAAUGUGGGUAAGAUCGGAAUUGUGUUUAUGAAGUUACAUAAUCAGCUCUAUUACUGAUACGAGACAUACUUUCUGAAUAUUUUCUCCUGUCAUUUUCACCAAUCAUAUUCAUGACUCGACUCAUUUAAACAAUGACGAGAAGAUUGCCUGUAGUCUAUAAUAGCUUGAACACAAAGUGCUGUGCUGGAAAACCAAUUAUGUAAUCUUAUUUAUUGUAGGGGUAAAACAUUGACCAGGGGUAAAUAUAUAUAUAUAUACACACAGUGGUAAUAUUUUUGUGAUAUUUGUAG